AGUGCGAAUACACCCGCAGUGCUCCCGUGUGCCACACUCCCCACUCGAAUGACCUGACGUUGUCGUGCCUUUUAUAGCAGGCCGUGGUGCCUAUUUUCAGAAGCAGCAGACGUUUUUUUUAAAUGUCAGGUUAUGAAAAGAGCGAAAACUGAAAACUCCUUAGGCCGCAAAAAUCAUUGGCAGUUUGACCUCUCCCUGCAGCCAUCUACAAAAUUAUUCAGAAUGGCUAGCGGGGAAGGUUACUCGCCCAGUACUUACGAAAAUAAUCGUAUUGGAGGAAAACCUGACAACUCAGCAUCAUCACGAAAUGGUGCAAGUUCCUCCAAUAACAUCCAUGACUCCUAUGGCAGUACAUAUGACUGGCAAGUCACUAAAACUACUAUUCGUGAACGUGGACAACAACUCUUGGAAACAGGCCAAUGGAGUGAUUGCAAAUUCAUCGUUGGGACAGAACCUCACCAACAGGCUUUUGAGGGUCAUAAAGUGUUCCUUGCCAUGUCAAGUCCAGUCUUUGAAGCUAUGUUUUUCGGUGGUAUGGCAGAGAAAGAUGGAGCUAUCCACAUUUUUGAUGUCCAGCCUGAAGGUUUCAAAGCAUUGUUGGAGUACAUUUAUUCAGAUAAAAUAAGUCUUCGUUCUUUUGAUCAAGCUUGUGAGCUCUGUUACGUUGCUAAAAAGUAUAUGCUACCUCAUCUUGUUAGGGAGUGCACAAAAUAUAUUUGGAGGGACAUAUGUCCUGACAAUGCCUGUCGUGCUUAUGAAUUUGCCAAACUCUUUGAAGAGCCUGAUCUUAUGGAAAAAUCCCUAGAGGUGAUCAGUAGUAAAACUAAAGAAGUAUUAGCUGAGUCUUCUUUUGAAGAAGUAGAACUUGCUACUAUUCAAGCUGUUCUUGAUCAGGAGGAAUUGACUAUUGAUUCAGAACUAGAACUUUUUGAUGCCUUACAAAGAUGGGCUAUAAGGGAAUGUGCCCGCAAAGGACUACCUCCAUCAGAUGGAAAAGCAUUGCGAUCUGUUCUCCAUGGAACUGUUGGGAAGAUUCGAUUCCUAACACUUUCCCCAUCCCAAUUUGCUGAGCGGCCUGCAGUUUCUCAACUGCUCUCUCAAGAUGAAGCUUUUGCAAUCUUGGUUAAUAUUUCAAGUCCCAAUACAACUACACUUUCUUUACCUUUACCAGAAGGCUUCACAUCAUCUCGAGUUCCCCGCAAGAAAAUACCUGAGCCUGAGAUAGAACCUGAAUCAAAAUUACUACCUUUUAGAGCCCCUACUCUAUUUUGUGCUAGUACAUCUGCAGAUCAGGUGGCAUUGCCAAAAAUGUAUUGUUUACGCAGUCCUCUACCUGGUCAACCACCACCCCCUAUUUACCACAGCACAAUCUUGGACAGUACACUGCAGUUUACAGUGGAUCGUGACAUUUGCAUUUUAGGAGCUCAGGUUCCUACUCAAAUUGAAUCCAUUGAUGGUCAGUAUGUAAGACGCGAAAGGUCAAGCUAUACUGAAUUAUUGUAUGCCCACCUUCUGGACUCAAAUGGAGCUCGACUAACCUACACACAUCUUACAUCUCGAGUAAAUUAUGGACAAUUUAUGGAGAUAUCUUUCAACAGGCACAUAUUUAUUCAAAGAAACAAGGUAUACCGUGUAGGAGUGGUCUUAAAUAAAGGUGGCUCUUACCCAGCAGGAGCUUACACUGAAACAGCUGUAUGUGAUGGAGUUUUGUUUAAAUUCAACGUAGGAAAUCCUAAUGAUUCUAUUCGUGAUGGACUCAUUCAUUCGAUAGUUUUCAGACAUAUUUAAUUAAUAUUUUGCUUUUAUAAAAUUAAUGGAAACCGUUCACCACAUAAUCAAUUUUGACUGCCUUUUAACAGCCAGGGAUUUGCAUUACUUCACUAUACCAUGCUUUUCUACUACAAAUUUUAUACUGUACAAACUAGCUGUUGUCAUAUUUCUUAAGUCAUUUCUUGAUCAUUCAUGGUGGUAUGUAUAUUUAUUUUUAGUAUUGUCAAUGAGUUGAAAUCAUCAAGUUAUGUUAACAUGAAAUGUAAUACAUAAGUAUCUUUUGCCAAGCUGAGGCACUUCUCUAACACAUUUUCUAAAUAAAAUUUAUGUAUGAGGUUUAA